AAGCAGAGUUCCUCCCAGUCCGAGAGCCAGCGGAGCGCAGCGCGCCAGGAGAACAAGAAGCGUAAAUAAAUAAAAACAUAAAACCAAAGAAGAAGAAAAGAUGGUGGCCAAGCAGAGGAUCCGCAUGGCGAACGAGAAGCACAGCAAGAACAUCACGCAGCGGGGGAACGUGUCCAAGUCCACGAGGAACCUGGUGGAGGAGAAGGGAGUGGGGCCCUGGCUGCUGGCGCUCUUCAUCUUUGUCGUCUGCGGAUCAGCCAUCUUCCAGAUCAUCCAGAGCAUCAGGAUGGGCAUGUAGUGACAUCAUCAACAGGGGGCGGGGCCAGAACUGAGAAAGUAUGACAUCAUCAGAGAGCUGAAUUCCUGAAGCAGGGCGACAUAAACAUUCCUGAGCUUUGACAUCAUUCCCGACGACUCAAAUAAGCCCUGCCCACUCUCAUUUAGCCCCGCCCCUCAGCAUUAGCCCCGCCCCCAGAGACCACAUGUGGUGCCGCUGGCUGACCUUCCCACAGAGCUUCACCCUGUGCCUUCCUCUGUUUACCUGGAUUGUAGCUCCGCCCCUCUGGACACACCUUAUGAUGGGUGAGGGGAGGUGAAAGUCCAGAUACAAUCUGUCUCCCCGACAGGAAGUGACCUUUUGAAUCAGAAGCUGUAAAGGUGCCGAAAGGUGCUGCUGCACCGUGUGCAGCUGCACCAGAACAUUCCUGAUCCUCCAAUAAAGUUUCACUCUGAACAUCAA